CAUAUCAUUAAACACUUCCCAAUCUACAAUCCUUCAUUCCAAGAACAAAACAAAAAAAACACAAACACAAAUUUCAUAAAACAAAAACACAUAUUUUCUAUUACAAACAAACAAAAAAUGGUUUUAUCAUGGACUAAAAGAAACAUGUUCCGCCGCACCAGCAAAGCAAAACACCAACUUCCCGGCGCCGGCGACGGUGAAUUAACGGUGGAGGAAAUAACAAUCCCAACCAAUUUCCGGUGUCCGGUGAGUCUAGACUUGAUGAAAGAUCCAGUAACUCUAUCAACAGGAAUCACCUACGACAGAUUCAGCAUCGAUAAAUGGAUCGAAGCCGGAAACAAAACUUGCCCAGUUACAAAUCAAAAACUUUCAACCUUCGAAAUCACACCAAAUCACACCAUAAGAAAAAUGAUUCAGAGUUGGUGUGUUGAGAAUAGUUCUUAUGGGAUUGAGAGAAUUCCAACACCUCGUAUACCAGUUUCCGGGUACGAGGUUAAUGAGGUUUGUACUAGGUUGUUGUCGGGUUGUAGAAAUUUGGAUGAGAAAAAGUGUGUUGAGUUUGUUGGAAAGAUUAAGAUUUGGUGGAGAGAGAGUGAGAGGAAUAAGAGGGUUAUAAUUGGAAAUGGAGUUUCUUCUGUUUUAGCUACGGUUUUUGAUUCUUUUUCAUGUGUUUCUUUUGAGGAACAUGUUGUUGUUUUGGAGGAGGUUUUGGAGAUUUUAACAUGGAUUGUUAAAACUUCUUUUGGUGAUUCGAAAACGAAGAUGUGUUUAUCGUCUUCGUCUUUGAAUUGUUUGGUUUGGUUUUUAGAUGGCAAAGAUUUAGGUGCAAGACAAAAUGCUGUUUUGUUGCUUAAAGAAAUGAAUGUUGAGGAGUUAUCAAGAAUUGAAGGUGUUGUUGAGGGUUUGGUUAAGAUUGUUAAGGAACCAAUUGGGUCAAGUGCUACAAAAGCAUGUUUGACCACAAUUUUCAAGUUGGUUUCAUCGGCGAAAAAUAGAGAUGAAAUUAGUGAAAGGUUUGUUGAAUUGGGUUUGGUUUCAUUUUUGCUUGAAACAAUUGUUGAUGGAGAAAAAGGGAUAUGUGAGAAAGCACUUGGUGUGUUGGAUUGUUUAUGUGAUUGCAAGAAAGGGAAAGAGGUUGUUCAAACGAACGCUUUAGCUUUGCCUCUUGUGAUUAAGAAGCUUUUGAGGGUGUCUCCUUUGGCAUCUAGUUUUGCUGUUGGGAUUGUUAGGAAGAUACUAUGUGAGAAGAAGGAAGAAAGAGUUUUGAUUGAGGCAAUUCAACUUGGUGCUUUUCAGAAACUUUUGGUUAUGUUGCAAGUUGGGUGUGAGGAGAAAACAAAGGAGAAUACUACUGAGUUGUUGAAAUUGUUGAAUGGUUAUAGAAGCAAAGCUGAAUGUGUUGAUAAUUCAUUAGAUUUCAAGUAUCUCAAGAACUAAGAAGCCUUUCUAAAUACUGAUUCAAGAGAUUUUUUUUAUGAAUACUCAUGAGAAUGAGAUUCAUUCAUUUCUUUUUUUUUUUGUAUAGGGUAGAUUCAUUUAUAGAGACUCAAUUCUUUGAUGUAUAAAGAUACACACACAUGAAUAAAGUUAACAGAAAUUAUACAAAUAUUUAUUUUGAUACUUGGAAAUUCAUUCUUUGACUAAUUGAGAUUUAUUGCGAGCAUAUUUUGCA